CCGAGCCGCCGAGCGGUGCCUACUGGCCUCCCUCGCCAAGUGUGGCACCGCGGAGAGCAGGAACAUGGCGCUCAGAGCGAUGUGACGGGGGAGGAAAGGAGCCGGAGAUGCCGCGGGCGUUCGCCUGACACGCAGCCGGCCGGCCGGUCCCCGAUACAACUGCUGCAGAAGGUCUUCUGAACUAUGGAUGCAGGAGCUAAGGAGCAGGGUUCUUGAAAUUCUUCAUUUGCUUCACACAUGAAACCCAUCAACCAGAGACAAGUAUAAAAGUGUGACUUGGGAAUGGAGACAAUCACAUUCUACACACAACUUCCAUCAGCUUCUGCAUUCAAGACUACAGAUGUUCUACAUAGCCCAGUUUCUGACACCAAAUGCUAAAAUGGUUGAAUACCGCGGCAGUGAAUUGACGUGAUGAGCAGCACAUGGUCAUCUGUGACAGAGUCCUUUAAAAAAAAAUACACCACAUUCGAUUUCUAAUCUAACAGGAGUCAGAAAUCUUUGGUGAUCUGCUGCAAAUUGCUUAGAAACUUACCAAUAGAGCUUGAUCUACCUCCUGGCUAUCUAAUUCUAGAUGUUCAGAAACAACUGCCAUCCAUCAUGUUCUGGGUUUAGAACCUGUUGCUCCUCAGGAGGUUUUUCCAUCAUGUUUGGAAAGAAAAAGAAAAAGAUUGAAAUUUCUGGCCCUUCCAAUUUUGAACACAGGGUACACACUGGAUUUGAUCACAGAGAACAAAAAUUCACCGGACUACCUCAACAAUGGCAUAGUUUGCUGGCAGACACAGCAAAUAGGCCAAAGCCUAUGGUGGAUCCUUCAUGCAUUACACCCAUCCAGCUUGCUCCUAUGAAGACCAUCGUUAGAGGAAAUAAACCUUGCAAGGAUGCUUCAAUCAACGGCUUGCUAGAAGAAUUUGACAAUAUCUCCGUGACCCGUUCCAACUCACUUCGGAAGGAGAGUCCUCCCACACCUCACCUGAGAUCCUCCAACCAUAUAGAAAUCCACCAGCAAGAAAAUGGCUUUGUCACCUAUUCCCAGUAUUCCAGCGAAUCAGAAACUGGGACUGAUUUCUUUGUUGAAAGGUACAGAGACCGAUGCCUUCGUGGGGAGGAAGCAGACAGAUACUCCCAAGAGAGCUGUGCUGCAAAGCAAAAUGGACACCUGGCCAAGCUGAAACCUAGUGAGAUAUAUUUUUCUGAAGCCAAGCCUUUGAAAUCUGACAUCUCUAGAUUCUUACCAGAUUAUCGCACUUCCUUGGAAACAAAAAGUAAACUGAAUGAAUAUGGUGGCCUGAAGCUGGAAUAUCAGAGGGCACCUAGUCACUCUUCUCUGGAUUAUAAAGAGCCUUUUCAUUAUGCUCUCUCUAGAACUUCUCUUCACAGUCAAUACUCCAGAGAAGGACUAGAAUACAGUGACAGUGAGUGGUCCAAGGAUGAUUACGACAAAAGACCAAAAUCAUCCUAUGUGAACCAGGCAAGUCCUCAACCAGCCAUGAGGCAAAGGUCAAGGUCAGGGUCUGGCCUUCAAGAGCCAAUUAUGCCCUAUGGAGCAAGUGCUUUUAAGUCCAAUCAGCAAGGGUAUUCCUAUAGUUCCUACACCUACCCGCGAUUGUCGGAGACAGCAGCAGGCGUUCCAAAGCUGGAUUAUGAUCGAGCACAGAUAGUAGUAAGCCCACCCCUUUCUGGAUCAGACACAUAUCCACGAGGCCCAACCAAGCUACCUCAGAGUCAGUGCAAAGCCAGCUAUUCAGGUAGUGGCUAUCAGUACUCCGCUAUCUAUCACAAAUUCUCUCACUUUAACCACCAGCCUUCUCUGCAGCCGAGCUCACAUUAUACUUCCACAGCUUCUUACCCAAGCUCCCCCAGCAUCACUUCAAGUUCUUAUCCUCCGCCGAGCUGGGGUUCCUCCUCAGAUCAACAGCCCUCAAGGGUAUCGCACGAGCAGUUCCGAGCAGCUUUGCAACUGGUGGUGAGCCCAGGGGAUCCUCGAGAAUACUUGGACAACUUCAUCAAGAUCGGGGAAGGCUCCACCGGUAUUGUUUGCAUCGCCACAGAGAAACACACGGGAAGGCAAGUGGCUGUGAAAAAGAUGGAUCUCAGGAAACAGCAAAGAAGGGAACUGCUCUUCAAUGAGGUUGUCAUCAUGAGAGACUAUCACCAUGAAAAUGUGGUCGACAUGUACAACAGUUACCUGGUGGGAGACGAGCUCUGGGUGGUGAUGGAGUUUCUGGAAGGCGGUGCUUUGACAGAUAUAGUGACUCACACACGAAUGAAUGAAGAACAGAUUGCUACUGUUUGUCUGUCUGUCCUAAGAGCAUUGUCCUACCUUCACAAUCAAGGAGUUAUUCACAGGGAUAUAAAGAGUGACUCUAUACUUCUCACCAGUGAUGGGCGAAUUAAGCUAUCAGACUUUGGAUUCUGUGCCCAAGUUUCAAAAGACGUUCCAAAAAGGAAAUCACUUGUUGGAACCCCAUACUGGAUGGCCCCUGAAGUGAUUUCAAGAUUGCCUUAUGGAACCGAGGUGGACAUCUGGUCUCUUGGCAUCAUGGUGAUAGAAAUGAUAGAUGGGGAACCGCCUUAUUUCAAUGAGCCACCUCUCCAGGCCAUGCGUAGAAUCCGAGACAAUGUACCACCAAGAGUGAAGGACCUACACAAGGUUUCAUCAGUUCUCCGUGGAUUUUUAGACUUGAUGCUGGUGAGGGAACCUUCGCAGAGAGGAUCAGCACAAGAACUCCUGAGGCACCCGUUUCUGAAACUGGCUGGGCCUCCAUCUUGCAUAGUGCCUCUCAUGAGGCAAUAUCGGCACCACUAAAUUUGGCUGCUUUUGUUCAUUCGUUUAUUUGUUUUCCAGGAAACAAGUCAAGCAGUGAGGUUGGGUGCUGCCAAAUCAGCAGCAAGCAGUAGUGAUCCGGUGAGAAAUAGGUUGACAUGGCUCAGCACACCGUGAAGGAGUCACAGCGAAGGAUGUAACUUGGCUAAUUCCUGACAAUGUCGACAGUUAGUACUCCUGGGUGAAAUGCACCACAGUUGGAUUUUUCUUUUUUGGCCUGAGUCAGAGCAAGAGGAUUUGAUUUUAAACCAUCCCGUUUGGGGUGAGGCAGGGGGAACUUCCAGCAGUACCCCAAUGGAAGGCCAAACUUUUAUUGCAGAUCAAAGGAGAACAACACUUCUGCUUCAAAAGAAACACUUUUUUUCUGAAUUAAAAAAAAAAAAAAGAAAAACAACCCAAGAAGCACUUUUUAUCUCGGUUAUAGCAGUGUGAUGUAUUUUGAAAUGAAUUUGUAAUUUUCUGUACAUUGCUUUUGAUAAUUUAUGUACUUUGGUGUCAUAGUUGCUAGUGGAGGUGAUCGGUAUUACUUAGCAAGUAUUAGAGCGAGAGCUUUCCUACUUUUUUAAUCUCUUUUGAAGAGAAACAAACUUACAUGCACACGCACACACGUGCAGCUCGGAAUGUUGAUUAGAUUUGCUUAUCUGUACCAGGCAAACAUGGCUUCAUUUUGCAAAUUUCAAAUUGCUGGCCAAUGCUGUAUUCAUUCCUCCAUUCCUCCACAAAAAUUUCAAGAUUUCAGUGUUGUUUUGAAGCGAUAAGCACCUGGAAAAAUCUAUUCAUGCAUAUGGAAAAGGUUGUGUCAAAAUUCUGUAUUCAUUGGAUGAAAGUAUCACAUCUUUUAUGGUGGUAAGCAUAUGAUCAGUUUAGAACAGGUUUAGAUCAGAAUUUAGAUCAGAAUUUGGCUGGCCACCAAUAGCUACGACAUUUCUGGCUAUGUACAUUGAGCUUUGAAAUUACAACACACUUAAACCAGUCAAGUGGAAGAUCUAGCAGUCAUAUUCAUACUUGCUAAGCUUGCUGGCAUUAACCUUUGUUAGUUUCUUUGUGAAUUAGUUAUGUGACACCAACCCACUUGAUUAGAUUAUGGAUCCAUAUACCGUGUAGGCUUAAAAAGGGGUUAGUGAAUGAACCAGGUUAUAUGUGUUGUGUUAGUGCAGCCUAUACCAAGUGAUUUGUCCUGUAGAGACCUAACUGCUCUGGAUCAAAACUUAUGGGACUUGUAUUCCAGCAAUGGAUUCAACCAGAGCUAACAUUGGAAGGUGCCAGAUCGAAAGUGAGACCAUACAAAGCAGACCGGUUGCUUACUCCAUAUGGCUUCAGCUGAGUGGUUAUGCUUCCAUCUGAAUUCCGCAGCCCUUCCUUCUCCUGUGUUUAUAAGUUGCCACCAUGAUUCACCAUGUAUCUGAGUACCCAUCCCGGAGCUGGGGCAGAGCAAUUAGAGCAUCAUCCCUGCUGUCUGCAAACAGUGGCUUCAUUACCAGUACUUCCUUGUGCCAUCGCACCACCCAAGUGGAGUGCCUGGAACUACUGGUCUUUCUUUCCUUCUCCCUAAAUUCUCUUCUGUCCCUUGUCCUUGUGGACUAACACCCACGUCCUGUGACUUAAGGUCAUCGAAGCAAAUGCAGCUGCCCUUGCAUACUGUACUGAAAAGCCAGUAUCUUCAUCCAUCUCUGGAAUCUCUUUAAAAUGGGACAUUCCGAGGAGCUGCUGCCUGUCCUUGUAGCUAGUCUUUAAGUUAGGCAGACCAAGGGCCUGACCCACAUUCACAUAUCCUCGGAGGCUUCGCACACUUCCUAGUUUAGGCUACCGAAUGAAGAAAGCUGUAUCGCACAGAGCAGACUUUCAUCACUGCAUUGCAUCACCCGCACUGCCCAGCACUCUGAACUGCCCACAAGCUUUAAGUACAUAAGCUGGAGUUUAGCAGCGACAAUAGUUCAGCAGACACUGGGCUUGCACACACAAUAAUGCCGGUUUUGAGUCUCCUUUUGUAGCUUCACGUGUGACAGACACCCCACUCAAGGCACCUGCGGGCAAGAGAAUCUCUGCUUAGUCUUAGCAAUAUGGAUAUUGCUUCAUUUGACUCCGUGCCAAGUCCAAUGCCUCCCGUUUGUCUUCAUUAUUUUUAUUCAGGCUUUAGAAGUCAACCACUAAGUGGGCGUUUUCUGAGUUUAAAUCAAAAUGUUGUAAAAUUUGGUUAAUGUGUUUUGCCAUACAGGAGAAAAAGCUGUCUAAACCCCUUUAAAAUGUUAAUUCAGCAAUGGCAACUACAAUUAAUCUUAUGUUGCUUGUUUGGUAGAUUUGCAUGUUUACCAUAGACCUGGAGAGAUUUGCCUUUAUUAAGCGCUCCAUAAUUAUUUCAGUCAGUGGGAGGGGGUUAUUUAUUUAUUCAUUAUGUAUAACUUGAAAGCCAUGUCUUUUCUAACUUGGAUUUUGCUUUUCGUUUUGGGUUAUUUUCACCUGAUUUCACUUGAAGAAAACUGUCUGAUCCUAAAACCAAUGUCUCUGGAUAGAGCAUUGUGCAUUGUGGUGGGCUUUCAUUUUAUCAGUAAGUUGGUUGAUACCUAUUGUAAUAAAAGAGAAGCCAACCCAAAAGUUAGAAAGUUGCUGAUUUGUGAGUGUUUAAUGAAGAAGAUAUAAUUUUUUUCCCAUUCUGUACAUUGCUUUUUUAAAAAUUCAAGUUGGAACCCAGCAUUAUAUCAUAUAAAUUGAUGCACUGUUUUUCUUUGAAUGUACAUUCGGUCCCAAGCUCUUUCGUUAGGAGGUGCAUAGAAUUAAGGCACUAACCUUAGUACAUCUUGGAUUUGGGGGGGGAAAGGAUAGUGGUGGACACAACAUUUUGUUUCCCAGUCCUCUUUUAAUGGGAGGAGGCAAAGAAAGGAGGUUGUCAUAAUGCAAAAAUGAAUGGUACAUGGUACAGUAGACAGGACUGGGGUUUCCUUCUGCAGGUGGAAUGGAGUCUAUUUUAAGAGGGAAUCCAUUUUAAGGUUUACACAAGUUAUCAUUUCUUUCCCAUUAAAAAUGGUGUGAAUAUAUAGUGGAUCAGUGGUUAGGAUGCAGGCUAAUUCUGCCGACUUCCAGCAGUUUGAUUCUCACCAGGCUCAAGAUUGACUCAGCCUUUCAUCCUUCCGAGGUGGGUAAAACAAGGACCCAGAUUGUUGGGGGCAAUAGGUUGACUUUGUAAACCACUUAGUGAGAACUGUAAAGCAAUAUGAGGUAGUAUAUAAGUCUAAGUGCUAUUGCUAAUUAUAUUUAUUUAUACAUACAUACAAUGUAAAGGAGGGACAUGGUGGUUCAGUGGCUAAGACGCUGAGCUUGUCGAUCGAAAGGUUGGCAGUUCAGCGGUUAGAAUCCCUAGCACUGCGUAACGGGGUGAGCUCCCGUUACUUGUCCCAGCUUCUGCCAACCUACCAGUUUGAAAGCACGUAAAAGAUGCAAGUAGAAAAAUAGGGACCACCUUUGGUGGGAAGGUAACAGCGUUCCGUACACCUUUGGCAUUGAGUCAUGCUGGCCACAUGACCAUGGAGAUGUCUUUGGACAGCGCUGGCUCUUUGGCUUUGAAACUGAGAUGAGCACCACCACCUACAGUCGGAAACGACUAGCACAUAUGUGUGAGGGGAACCUUACCUUUACAAUGUAAAGGUUACCAAACUUCCAUUAAUUUUGGUUGUUAUACUAGGAUUUCAUAAACAAUUGGCACUACAUAAGGUCCUGCAAUUCUGUGUUGCCCAUCUUUAUUUUAGGUAAUUCUCAAAACUCUAUUUUCAUGUAUUUGCUGGAAAUCUAGAAGGUCUGUGGACUUCUGUUGCCCAAGUUGAGAAGGGCAUAUGGUAUUUGAGCCAUGGAUUAUGCAUCCACAUGCUAAAUUUAUAGAUACCAUAACUGGGAUGCAAAUGUUAAAAUGACCACAAGAUGGCAGCAAAGGCCUAACAAAAACAAAAGACUUGGCUGAUAUCUAGUGGUCAUUCAAAGCUUUACAGGCCAGAUAGGGUGAGGGAUGAACUAGUGGCAGAUUCACCAACCCAGUGUUAGUUUUAUGCCUUAAAUCAAGGGGGAUCAAGAUCAGCCAUACUACUGUGUGGUAACUGCAUUCCAAGAUUUCAAAUAGAAUUAUUUUUCCUAGGGCAGGUGAUGUUGGGUCUUUUAAUGCUGCUCUGAACUACUACAAGGAAGAAAACAUACUCCAGAUACCAGAAAGAAAAACUUUUAUCACGACAGGAGAAAAACGUAUGAGCUUUGACAAUUACAACUAUAAAUCCUGCCAGGAUAAUCCAUGUAAAGAAAUCCAUACUCAAUAAUUAUGGACCCACAUUAUUGUUUUUUCAGAGUGGAAUUCUAUAAGGAAGACUCUCUGACUUCUGCAAAGCUUGAAUAAAAGUCCAUGGAAAGGACUCCUCCUAAACUGUUUCAUGAAGCAGAGCCCCAUCCAGGGUAGACUCUCUUUCUCUCUCUCUCUCUGUGUGUGUGUGUGU